GGCGGCGGCUGCUGCUGCCUGUGGCCCGGGCGGCUGGGAGAAGCGGAGUGUUGGUGAGUGACGCGGCGGAGGUGUAGUUUGACGCGGUGUGUUACGUGGGGGAGAGAAUAAAACUCCAGCGAGAUCCGGGCCGCGAACGAAAGCAGUGACGGAGGAGCUGGUACCACCGGUGACUAAAUGACCAUGGAAUCUGGAGCAGAAAACCAGCAGAGUGGAGAUGCAGCUGUAACAGAAGCUGAAAACCAGCAAAUGACAGUUCAAGCCCAGCCACAGAUCGCCACCUUAGCCCAGGUAUCUAUGCCAGCUGCUCAUGCAACAUCAUCUGCUCCCACGGUAACCUUAGUACAGCUGCCCAAUGGGCAAACAGUUCAAGUCCAUGGAGUUAUUCAGGCGGCCCAGCCAUCAGUUAUUCAGUCUCCACAAGUCCAGACAGUUCAGUCUUCCUGUAAGGACUUAAAAAGAAUUUUCUCUGGAACUCAGAUUUCAACUAUUGCAGAAAGUGAAGAUUCACAGGAGUCGGUGGAUAGUGUAACAGAUUCCCAAAAAAGAAGAGAAAUUCUUUCAAGAAGGCCUUCCUACAGGAAAAUUUUAAAUGAUUUGUCUUCUGAUGCGCCAGGGGUGCCAAGGAUUGAAGAAGAGAAGUCUGAAGAGGAGACUUCAGCACCUGCCAUCACCACAGUAACGGUGCCAACUCCGAUUUACCAAACUAGCAGUGGACAGUAUAUUGCCAUUACGCAGGGAGGAGCAAUACAGCUGGCUAACAAUGGUACCGAUGGGGUACAGGGCCUACAAACGUUAACCAUGACCAAUGCAGCUGCCACACAACCGGGUACUACCAUUCUACAAUAUGCACAGACAACUGACGGACAACAAAUCUUAGUACCCAGCAACCAAGUUGUCGUUCAAGCUGCCUCUGGAGAUGUACAAACAUACCAGAUCCGCACGGCCCCCACGAGCACCAUUGCCCCCGGAGUUGUCAUGGCCUCCUCCCCAGCACUUCCUACACAGCCUGCUGAAGAAGCCGCACGGAAGAGAGAAGUCCGCCUAAUGAAAAACAGAGAAGCAGCAAGAGAGUGUCGAAGAAAGAAGAAAGAAUAUGUGAAAUGUUUAGAAAACAGAGUGGCAGUGCUUGAAAACCAAAACAAGACACUGAUUGAGGAGCUAAAAGCACUUAAGGACCUUUACUGCCACAAAUCAGAUUAAUUUGGGAUUUAAAUUUUCACCUGUACGGUGGAAAAGAGACUGGCUUGGCCACAAACAAAAAGACAAAAUAAACAUCUUAUUUUCUAAACAUUUCUUUUUUUCUAUGCGCAAAACUGCCUGAAAGCAACUACAGAAUUUCAUUCAUUUGUGCUUUUGCAUUAAACUGUGAAUGUUCCAACACCUGCCUCCACUUCUCCCCUCAAGAAAUUUUCAGCGCCAGGAAUCAUGAAGAGACUUCUGCUUUUCAUCCCCCCCUACCCUCUUCAAGAAGUAAUCAUUUGUUUACCCAUAAAUUGAUGGGGGAAAUGAGGAAAAGAAAUUUUUUUUAAGUGAUAUCAAGGUUUGUGCUGAGCUCCUUGAUUGCCUUAGGGACAGAAUUACCCCAGCCUCUUGCGCUGAAGUAAUGUGUGGGCCGCAUGCAUAAAGUAAGUAAGGUGCAAUGAAGAAGUGUUGAUUGCCAAAUUGACAUGUUUUCAUAUUUGCAUUGUGAAUUAUGUAAAACUGUUACGAUACAUACCCUCUAAAAAAGGAUUUUAGUGUGGUGUUGAAGAAAUUAAGAAUGAAUUCAGAGUGCUUUUUAUGUAUAUUCCCUUCAAUACUGAAAACGUGUCCUUGGUUCUCAAAAACAUUCUGUAUUAACACAGGUCUUCCAUACAGCAGUUGUUGCUUCUUAAUUCAGUUUUGUGUGUUCAACAUUUCUGAAUACAUUAGAAGUAACUAACUGAAUAAAAAGCAUGGUAUUUGAAUUUUUAAUUAAUUGAAGUCAAUAAAAAGACAAAGCUUGUUUUAGUUUAGUACUAAAUUCUUAGUUUAAAAAAAAUAUAUGCUCACUAGUAAACCAACCCCUUGAAUUUUAUAACAAGGCUUUAAAAUAAAUGUCAUUGUCAUCACCUUCAAAAACACUUAUAGUUGUCACUCAUUACUUAAAAACAUAUUCUGAACCCCAUUGCACUUAUAUUAUAUCACCAACAAAAAAGUCUUCAAGAUGUUAAAUAAAGAAAGUGAUAUAUUUGUUUAUAAAAUGUGUUAUAGAGUAAUACUGAUUUAAAUUUUUUCCAUAUUAACAUACUUUAACAGUAGAUUUUUUUUUAAUGAAAGAAGUUGUAAGGAUAUAGUUUAAAAAGUACAGUAGUAGUUAUGCACAACUACUAAAUUUUCUUUAGACAUUUGAGUGACUGCUGUACUAUAGUGUUUGGGUUGUCAUUCUUACAAAACAAUUUUGUCUUUUUUUCUUCUAAAAAGAAUAGUUAUGCUUUAGCAUUUUUGUAUGCUAUAUAUAGCCUUCAUUUUAAAGGAGCAGCUUGUUUUACCUAUAACAAUCUGUAUUUGUAUGUAUUAUACAUUGUUUUCCAUAUUACUUCCUAUUGUUACUCCUUUUGUUCACUAAGCCUCAUAAAUUUUAAAGUUACCUUUUACAAGACUAAGGUGAAUUUUAAAAAUUGGAGACAGAUAUAAUUUAAGUUAUAAUUUCUCAUUUGAGAAGGAUAUUCCUUUUAAUGAGUCUAGAAGAGUGAUGUUUUAUAUUUAGUCAUGGGUUGCUUUUAAAAGUUGUUAGUGUGUUAACAAAGUAUGCAGAUAUGGGUGUUAAUUUUGGGUCUGUUUUGAAGAUAUUUUUAAUUAAUGUUUGUAAAUGGUAUAUUUUUGUUUGUAACAAACCAUUGUCUUUUUUCAAGGAUGAACAGAGUUUAUGAAGGAGCUUCAUUCUAAGAAUUGAGUGAUGUAGUCUUAUAUUUGGACAAUUCACCAGUCUCAAGAAGGCUUUCAAACGACUGUAAAGUUUGAUGUUUAUCCUGCUGAGCUAAUGGGGAAAGUUAUAUAGCAUAAAAAUUAUUUGUAUACCAGCAUAUAGAUACAUCAUUUUUCAAAACUGGUUUGAUAGAAACCAAGCAAAAAUCUCAAUCUUUUCACAAACUACAAUUCUUUUUAAUGAGUCAAAAUGUCAUAGUUGAACAUUUUGAAUGUCGUCGGCUUUUUAUAAAUGGAAAUCACCCUAUAUUUAGCAAGUUGUACUCUCUAAAAGUUCAAUGUUUUACAUAAGUUCAGACUAUAUUUUAUAAGAAAAUCAGUGGUCCUUGUAGUCCCUGAUAAGUCUCAAGGCAAUCACACUCAUAUUAGCUGGUUGGGUUUGUAAGUUAUAAAGAACUUAUAUAAGUUAUAUAAGUUACAAAAGAUUUCUUGUGAGGAUGAUUUCACUGGUUUGAAGUCAGUUACUUAAUGACGAGGUAAGCAAUGUAUACUGUGGCUAAAUCUGUUUUAGACCAGUAAGACUUGAAGAUUUCAGUUUAUACAGAUAGAAAUUAAGCAUCUUUUGUGCAGAAUUUUUUUAUGAGAAUUGGGAAAAGGUGUUUGUUUUUACGCAUGCAAUUUUGCGAAUCUUUAUUAAGAAAAUAACAUAAUAAAAAAAAAUCUUGUAGCCAAGAACAUGCGGCCGUGUUACCUGUAAAAAUGUUUUUCUUUAUUGGCCAAAAGAGAUGAAAAUGUCAUCAUAGGAAUCUGUACAUAUGCUACUGAUUUGCCUAGAAAAUAGCAAGUUUGGUAUUGCUCACUUUGCAAAUAUAGGGCCAUGUGGCACUUUUAUCUAUAGGACAGAUUAACUCUAAUUAAAAUGAAGUGGGAGGGGUUUAUUUUUGAUAUAUUACUAUUAUGAGUUUUCAAGUUUUGAUAGUGUUUGAAAGUGAUUUAGAAAGGGCUAGAUUCAAUGUGUUCACAUUAUUAAAAAAAAUGGUGUGGGAUAUAAUUUUACAUUCUUUCUUUUUAAACUAAGUACCAUAUUGGCAACCGUAACAUUGUCAAAGGUGCUCUGUUCAUUUAGAUACUCUUGUGGGUUGGGGGCGGGAAUAGCAUUUGUAUAUGUGUACAUAUUAUAUAUAUAUACAUAUAUAUAUAUAUAUACAUACAGUAUAUAAUCUGAAGCUCUGAGAGCUCUUAAGUCAGGAAUGCUGAGUAUUAUAGUAUAUUGAGGUCAGAUGAAAUUUUACAUUUUUGUGUGUUCUGUUGCAUCCUUUCUAUAGUUUAUUGGACUGCAUUACUCCAGCACUCAUGAUUCAUUUUUUAAACCUAAUUUUCUUCCAAAAAUUUCUUUUUAUUGUUGUUUUUCUUUGGUUACUAGUCACUUGAAAACUCCCCUACUCCACUCCCCUCCAAAGUAUUUGGUUUAUAUGUUUUGUCUCUGGCAGCUAUAACAGUGGUAAAAACAUUUUGAAGAUAGCUUCUAAAAGGUACCACUGGGGUUAUUUGGGGUUUUUUGAUGGGUUUUUUUGUUUUGUUUUGUUUUUUCCAAAAAUCAUCCUGGGGGAGGAAUUUUGAUAUUUUCAUUUGAGCAGGGAUUUUGUCCGAAACCGUGUUUGGGUGGUAGGUCAGCGGCAGUGCUAGAAUCUGGAAGCACAAUACCAGUCAGGCAGGCUGUCCCAUCAGGAGUCAUCUGGCUGAAGUUAUCUCUGUCUCUCAGGCCUGAUCCCCACUAUCAUUCUGACCAUUUGGGGUGACAUGUGGAACCAUACAAAGGCUUAGGAGGAAACAAAGUUUAAACCAGGAUGCUUUUAUUUAUUUAAGGUGACUUCAAUCUAGAUUUUAGUUUUAUGUUUUUCUGUGAUCAGCUAUCGUUAGCUACUAGCAUUAAGUAUCAUCUCUUUUUUGGAAAGCAAAAAAGCUGCUUCAUUUUGCAGGAUUGAGUAAGGUUAAAAUCUUAAGAUUUUUUUUUUUUUUAAAUUAAAAUGGCUUUUAGAAUUAGUGGUUACAUACCUUUUCAGUUGUUUUCAAGAGCCUUCAUUUCAUUGCUUGGAAACUACAGGUAUAUUGUUUCCCAUUAAUCUAAUACAAAAGUUGUAUAUUUAUUUGAAUUAUAUUUACAUUAUAUUUUUUGUAAAUGUUUGGUGUAACUUGCACUUUUAAAAAUGACCCAGUUUGGGGUAUAAGCAACUUGAGACUCCCUUAGUUAUCAAUUUUUUAUGUCUUUCUCCGCCCUUUAAAUCAUGUGACCUUUGUCAUGGAAAUUUUUUCUUGAUUGAAAUAUUCAGCACCUAAGGGCUAACCUUAGUUAGCCUCAGUAGCUGUAAAUGAAAAAUACCAGGAAAUUAGAUUUGACUUGCCCAUCUCAAAAUGAAGAAUGGGUUUAGACCCUAUUUUACUCUUUUUCACCAUAGAAGGAAAAGCAACUCCAGUGAAUAAAUAACUAAUUUUAAAUAAGACUAUCCUUCCCCUAACAUGAAUACUGUUUAUUGAAUGCCAAGACAUUCAUUUGUCCAUAAACAGUAAAAUGUUUUUUGAAGUCAUUUUGGAGAUCAUAUGUAAUCAUUUGAUUAAUUUUUAUACCUAAAAUUGCUUUUUAAAAUCAAAGAAAUUGGUAAGUUUGAUUUCCAAUGAGGAGGGGUAAAGUGAGGUGUGCUUGGUAAGCCCAUAGGUGAUGAGUUAGGAGAUAAUUUGCUCACUCGUACAAAGCACAACUAGACUUUGUUGGACGGCUUACUCGGCAUCUUGAAUACUUUUUAAGUUGAUUUUUAGUUGACUGCACAGUCACAGUAUGUACUAGGAACUGGUUUCCUUGACAGUCUAGAAUCAUGGCAAAGAGAGGCACUAAUCCCCAAGGGGUUGAACAUAUCAUGAAGCUGAGUCAGGAUGGAAGAAUUUCAAAUAAACAGGGUGCUGAAGUUCCAUCUGUCUCGUCUGCUUAUGAUAAGUUCUUACUGAUUAGUGAAUGUAGCUUAAGCCUUUGUAUGUGUCCUCAGGGGGCAAACAAACUUUAAGAGGGACCAGAUAACAUUUGGAGGGAUUAUAUAUUUCAGGUGUUUUAGCUUGAAAUUUAUUUUUUAAAAAAAAAUAAAAAUUAAAAAAAAAAAGAACAUAGCCUGUGAAGCAAGUUGAUAUUAUAAACAGGCAGAGCUGUUUAGCACAGAGAAAAAUAUUGACCUGUCUGCAUUCUGGUACUGUGGGUGCAGGUCCUAGCUGGGUGUAUACAUAAUACAUUUUGAAUUUUUUUUCUCACCAGCAUGUAAAAGAAAAAUGAACAAUCUUCAGGAAAUGCCUUUGCAAAGGAUCAAACAGUAGGAAAUUCAAAUUUUACCUACAUUUAUGUGGCAUUAUUUAAUACUUGCAUACAGAGGUAUGGCAUAUUUCCAUACUUCUGGUCUAAGGAACAUCUCAGAGAUGGGAGAGGAAAUCUGAGAUAGUUAAACAUUGCUAGGGAAGGAAGAAAAUCCCUGCAGAUAAUGAUCUUGUGUUGGUUGGCCAAGUGAAUGAUCUAUCAUUGUCUUUGGGAGGCUUUAUUUUCUUAACGUUUUUUAAAAAUUGGUAAGUGCUUUAUAGAAGUAUUUUUAUCCAGGUGCCACUCCAAUUUGUGUAUGUAAAAUUAUUUAUAUUAAGAGUGGGAAAUAAUUUGUUGACAUUUUUAUUUGAAUAUAGUUUAGGGGUGGCAAAGAGUGCUAGUUUGCAGUUUUCCAUGUAAAGUUGUCCCCAACCAAUUGUCCAUUGUCAGUUGUCAUUCCCUCCCAAAAAAAAUUUCAAACCUAGAUAUAUCACUUGAAACUUUUUAGAAACAAAAUAAUCAGGGAAGUUUCUAGAGAGAAAAAAGGUGUUUUUUUUUUCUUUUUUUGGGGUGAUAUUUUCGCUUUGCUUUUUCCUUUAGAUUGGGGUAAAGAAUACCUCCCCCAAAAAACUAUCAGCACAAAACAGGGUAUUGAUUUUUUUUUAAACUCCAAUGUUGCUAUUGGAGUUGAAUACUAAAUAAAUAACUAUAUGAGGGAAAUACAUUUCUAAUAAACUUCCCUACAUUCUAAAAACAUCCCUGUUUUAUUUUUUUUUAACCUAAAUCUUUGUGCUUUAUCUGUGUAAAGAGAAAAAUGUACUGAGUUAUAAUGCAUUUUAUUAACACUAUGUACAUAUUAGCUGCUUUAUGUUCAGAAUGGUAGCAGUUGCUUUGUAUAUUAAAGUGAUCCGUGUGAAUUUGUGAAAUAUUGUCAUAAAGUGCUUUUUCUUACUGUUAUCUUUGUGGUAUCACCUGUCAUAAUGCCCUUUUUUACACAAACAUUUAUGUGCAGUCACAUAAACAUGCUUUUAAAAACUC